AAAAAGGGACAUGGCAGGAGUCAAUUCAUCUGGUUCGAAUAUCGAUUUGGCUAGCGAGCAGUCAGAGAAGACUGGACGCUGGGAUGAAAAAGAACAUGAACUUUUCUUACAAGGACUCCAAAAGUACGGCAACGAUUGGAAGCAGAUUGCAGGAAUGAUUUCGACACGUAAUCUUGUUCAGGUCCGUACGCAUGCUCAAAAGUAUUUUCAAAAGAUUAACAGAAGCACAUGUACUAAAAACAUGUACAGUGAUUCUCGGCGCAAGUCGAAGGAGUUACAACGUCCGUCGAUACAGGAACCCGUAGCAAAACCUACGGCCACUUCUUCCUCUCCUGUUUCAGUGAUAAUGACGGAAUCAGCCGCACAACCUCUCGUCUACCCGAAGAUGGAAGUUCCCGUUCCCAAGGUAGAAACGAGGGUGGAGAACGCUGUUUUUAUUGACUAUCCAACAGUACUAACUCCACGAUCUCCUAUCUCGAUCAUGGAUUAUGGAUUUUGCGAUAAUGAUUACGGAUCGGAGCCGUAUCGCUGCGGAUCGGUCACGGGAAUGGAUAUGUCGCUGAACUUUGAUAGCCUGGAAUUGUUUGAUUGCUCGGAAUUGCGUACGCCCGUUUUUGAAUAAUUGUAUUUUAUUGUAUGU